GGGAGAGCUUGUAUAUGUGAACUAUGCUCGUACUGAAGACUUUUUCAAACUAGAAAGAGAGAUGAAUAUCAACUGCACUGGAAAAAUUGUUAUUGCAAGAUAUGGGAAAAUCUUCAGAGGAAAUAAAGUUAAAAAUGCCAUGUUAGCAAGAGCCAAAGGAAUCAUCUUGUACUCAGAUCCAGCUGACUACUCUGCCCCUGGGGUACAGCCAUACCCAAAAGGAUGGAACCUUCCUGGAACUGCAGCCCAGAGAGGGAAUGUGUUAAACUUGAAUGGUGCUGGUGACCCGCUCACUCCAGGCUAUCCAGCUAAAGAGUACACCUUCAGACUUGAUGUUGAAGAAGGAGUGGGAAUCCCUCAAAUCCCUGUACACCCCAUUGGAUAUAAUGAUGCAGAAAUAUUAUUACGCUAUUUGGGAGGAACUGCUCCACCAGAUGAGAGGUGGAAGGGAAGUGUUAAGGUGAUUUAUAAUAUCGGGCCUGGCUUCAUAGGGCAUGAUUCUUUCAGGUAAUUUUAUGUUACUUUG